ACCGGACUCCACCUGUCGCGAGCGCUGUGUUUUUUUCCCUGUUCGUGUCGUAACCGAGUCAUAACCGCGCGCGCUGUGAAGCUGUGACACAUGACGGCACGAGACACUGGCGCGAGACCUGGCUCUUGUUUAUUUUUUUGGGAAAGCAGGAAAAAUUAACCGACAGGUGAAAUGACCGCUUCGGCUCCCUUCGCCUGCUUCAUGUUUUGAAUUGUUCCCAAGGACAGAGGAGGAUACGUCGACCGUAAUUCCGGUGGAUGUUUUUAUCCGCAGUGCCCCAGCCGAGCAGCCAACCGGGGAGCAGAAUGUCAAGACACCAGCAGCAGCAGCAGCAGCAGCUGCAGCAGCAGCACCGGACGACGUUAAGACUCACUGACAACGUAGUGGAGGUCAAGAGCAAAUUUGAAGCAGAGUACCGUCGCUUCGCUCUGAAGAGGAACGGCCCGGGUGGCUUUACAGCGUUUUACCGCCUCCUCCAAACCAUCCACCGCAUCCCUGGUGUGGACGUGCUGCUGGGAUAUGCCGACGUCCAAGGAGACCUCCUUCCAAUCAACAAUGACGACAACUUCUACAAAGCUGUGUCGUUAGCCAACCCGCUGCUCCGCAUCAUCAUAACCAAGAGAGAGGAUGAACCCAUAGUUUUUGCCACCAACUCCCUCCAGAGGCGUAAAAAGGGGCUGGGCCUAACCGGCCUGCGCUCCAGCGGCUUCGACUCCAUGCGCUCCAAGAACAAACCGGGCCUGAUGAUCGGCCUGCCUCAGAACUUCAGACAGAUCUCGUCCAUCAUCGAUGUGGACAUCUUACCUGAGACACACCGGCGCGUACGACUCCACAAGCACGGCACCCACAAACCCCUGGGCUUCUACAUCCGGGACGGAGUGAGCGUGAGGGUGACACAACAGGGCGUAGAGAAGGUCCCAGGGGUGUUCAUUUCUCGUCUGGUACGUGGGGGGCUCGCAGAAUGCACGGGGCUGCUGGGAGUCAAUGACGAGAUACUCGAGGUCAACGGCAUCGAUGUAGCUGGGAAAUCUUUAGAUCAGGUUACAGACAUGAUGGUGGCCAACAGUCACAACCUCAUAGUGACCGUCAAACCGGCCAACCAGAAGAACAACGUGGUGCAUCGUGGGAGUAGAACCUCAAUGGGCAACUCUGGUUCUGUGGGCUCAGCUGGAUCUGCCGGCUCCGCCCUGUCACAUGACUCACCAAGCCCCGCCUCCCAGAGCAACCCCAUCACAGCGAGCAACAGCAUCGCCGAGGGCGACAGUGAUGACGACGAUGACGAAGGCGACCUCAUCCUAGAGAAUGACAGCAUGAUACUGUACGACUCCAGCCGGGUAACCAACAGCAACAACACUAACCUCAACAGAGACUCACCUAGCAACAGGCCCUUCCCACAGAGCGUCUCAUUGCCCAAUAGCGUUGGGGCUUCCCUGAGCGACAGCUCCGUCUUGAUGUCCAAUCACAACGGAAACCCCGCCCACACAUCUAGUAGCAGUCAGGAGAGCAUGCGAGAGGACGGCAACAUAAUAACACUGUAACCAUGGCAAAACUGAACGCUACAUGAACAGUCAGGACUAUGAGGGGCUGUAACCAUGACAACUACAGAUGGCUGUGCUCCAGUCAGACUCAGCAGGACAGACGGCUCUGCCACACGUUGCCGGGGUUACUGUCAGGUUCAUCAUUUAUUGAUUAAAUGCUAACGUGUAUGAACUGAUCACUGUAGACUUAUAGAGAGCAACAUGAUUGAACAUUGAAAUGCUCCUGUAAAAGCCAUAAGUCAGUUUGAUGUCUUAAAGAAAUCAUGUCAUAUCCAAAAUUGCUUGUGAAGUACUCGAUCUGAAACAUCACCAUCCACUGCAGGAUGUCUGACUCGUUCACCAUGAAGAGAACAUUAUGAAGUUAAACAUGAAGGGCUCUUUUUGCUUGUCAGCACAACGACCAGUGCAAGCAGCGCUCGGACAGUUUGUGUUUCCUGUCGGCUGCCAAUCUGGGGUGUCAUUGACAUGAGCAAAAUAAAUAUUUGCAGCAAUUGCACAACCAUAUUGGAGUUAAAAAUGUAACAACCACUUGCUUUUUCAACAUUGUAAAAUGAAAGUUUAAUGUGGAUAAAGCAGGAGCAUUGAUCUAGAAAUGAAAACACUGUAAGUCUCUUUCUUCUUCAGUAUGUGCUGUUCACAGCUGUUUUAUACUGUGCGCAAGGUUUCUUCUUCGGGUCUUUAAAUCCCUGCAGACACCUGAAAGCAGCACGCCUCACGUUGAUAGAUCUGCAGCCUCGACAGCUGUUUUAGAGGCAAUGAUGUGAUUGGCUGAGAGCAUAUUUAUUAAGUGCAUAUUAAGAGAAUAUCAUCCCACCCUUACAUUUAUAUUCCACUACAGACUGCGCCUACAUGAAGCAGAGGUGGAGAGGCCACACACUGACCUGCAGCUCUGCACUGGUUGUUGUUAUUGUAAUGUUAAAAUAGCGCCCAAGUUGUAUUAUAAAACAUUAAAACAACAAAAUAUAUUGAAGACAAAUUCAAUGGGUUGAACGUUUUUAAAAAGGGAUUUGAUGAUAUUUGCAAUACUUUAAACAUUUAGAUUUUGUAUAAACUAAAUCAGUCCAAUCAGUCUCAUUGGUUUCAAGUCUUUUUAUAUACUUUAAAAUAAAUGUAUAUAAAAAAAUUAACAUAAAACAACAUUAUUUAAUAAGGUUGGUCAGUUCUUCGAUAUUGUUUGGCUAAGAUUUUUCUCUUUGCAAAUAUGGGAACGCAAUCACUGUGAAUCACAUUUAUCAUUAUUCAGAUUUACAAAUCAUCUCGUCAACAGUUGUUCUGAUAGGAUGUGCAUAAGAUGGAAAAGAUUGUUAAAUGGAGGGUGUAGAUACACAGUUAAUAUUCUUUAUGCACACACACACUGUUAACUGUGUGUGUGCAUGAGGCCUUGUCUUUGUAGCUGGAGCUCUGGGGAUAUUGCCUUACAGUCAGAAAUGUGGGCAAACAGCUCUUUCUGCUUCACAUUCUGCCUCCAAUGACAGCAACAUGUUUUUGUCUGACUGUCAAACUGAGUCAUUGUCAUGGUUUUGUUUAUGAAAUAAAAUCAGCUAUAUGAUGCAACAGAGGCUCAUUCUCUCUGUCAACAUGCUACUACUGUUAUAUCCUUUAGUUUAUCACCCAUCCGAAAUAAGAAUCACAAUAACCUGGUUGAAAUACUAUACAGAGUGUGCUUGUGUUUAGUGACCUCUGACAGUAGAAAUGCUCUUUAACUGACCCCGCUCAGAACAGCCCUGGUGCCCUGGGGGGGCUGCAGGAAACCAAGUUUUCUUUCUAUCUUGAGCGCAAGUCAAACAAAACGUUGACAUUGAAGCCAUUAACAACUAUCGAGAGAACUAAGACUUACUUCAAAGCAAUCUUUGUUGUUAGUAGUUGUAAUUAGAAUAUGACAGGUUGGCUGCCUUCUUCAGUGAUGGUUGUUCCCUCUUGUUCCAGAAAUAAUUGACCAAUCAGGGCUUGGUAGGCAGGAUCACAAAUGUGUACAUCAUCGUCUACAUAGAGCGGUGCACGAAUGAGUCUUGAAACCCGGACAUUUUGAUUAAAAAGUUAGCAUUUUACUGCUUCUGGUUCCCUCAUUUCCAAGUCAACUUUUUUUUAACGUGUUUUCUGUUGGAUGCCUGAAAUAAGAUCAUUGGUUAACACAAGCUAAAUAGAUUUUUCCACGUUUUUUCUACGACAUAAAAUACAUCGGUAAACACCCCAACUGCCAUGUCCGAAGCUUCUAUGAGUCAUAAAAACAGCAGUGGCUGGUGACUAAAUGAGACUAUAAAACGUCAUCACGCCAAACAUUAGCCAUGCUUAGCUUAGCUGUGCUGAUGCGCAGCCAUGCGACUGUGAUGUAGUUCGUUUAUAGCCUAAUGUUAGCUUUUUAAUUCUGGUGAUUAAGAGUAAGUAUCAUAAAUGGUAUUUGCCACAGAGAUUAUUUUCUGCAAUAUUCCAAAAUCCAAUAGAAAAACCCAUUGCUUUUUGACGAAGCUAACUGUUGGGCUACGUCAUCACUGCAACACUCUAUAGCUUCGUAUGUGAAACAAAGUGAGAGGAAAAUGGCAGCAGAAAUGGUGACAAGCACUGCAGAGAAUGUUAUCAACAUAUUUCUUUAAUGACCAGUUAAGGCAGACACAUUUCUGACACGCUGUUAUUACAGAAAGGUCAUUGAGUUCCUCCUUCAGGAAACAAGAGUUAAUUUAAAGACUCACGACAUACUCAAAGUAUCAUGAUUCUCAAAGCUCUCCAAGCCCUACAAAUGAAACAUGGGAAUGUGUGGGUGUGGGGUUAGGGUUUGGUUUAGCUAGUGUUGGACACAUUCAGAUAAAACAGCUGUCAUCGUAUAAAUCUUGCUUGUCACACAUUCCCAUAUUUGUAACACCUAAAGCACACAUUACAUUGAUUACCAAAUUGCUAUAGUCCCUAAUCCCAGCACUUGUAUGUGUACAGCCUAGCCUGUUGAACUGCUGAGUCAAAAUACAGUUCAAAUCUAAUACUAAAUUGUUAAUGGCGCCACUCUUCAAAUGAUGUGCUCAGUUUGGAAAUAAAAGCCAGUCAACAGGUAAUACACACCGUCAUGCUGAAACAAAGUUACUGAAUGAGGUCCUCUGAGGCUGAACUGGAUUUAGUCAAAGUUUGAUGUCAACAACUGCUCACACACACACACACAUGCAAACACACGCACACACACAUACACAAACACACAGUCACUUUUUAAAUGUAUGUUGAUGUUAAAAGUACAUUUACGGUAAUGAAACAUGGGAGAUUUUCAUUAAGAAGUUUGUAAUUAAGAGAACAUUUUAUAAUAUGUGUAAAAUAUGGAGAGUAUUUUUAUUAUUCUUGUACUUUUAAAAUUGUAUAUGAGAGAAGCCGAAGGUGUGUGCGAUGUGUUAACAGGCACACAGUGUUCUGUUUGUGUUAGCUUAAUUAAUGAAAAAUGAAGGAUGUCUUUACCACAGACUGGUAUAUCUAAGGUUCAACUGAAUUUGUAAUGAAUGCCUCAAUGUUCAUGUUUUUGAUGGAAAUCCUGGAAUAUUGCUCAAAAGUCUUGAAAGAUCCCCCUAUUCUUGGAAGAACCAAUUCAAGGUUCAUAUGUUAUCUGCUUGUCAUGGCCUAAAACUUUACUCAUAAUUGUAUAAAUAAU